AUGUUUCGCGUGACACGUUUCGUAUCGUCCUGUUUUGGUCGUCUUCACGGCUACCUCACUCAAAAUUAUCGAAAAGUUCUUCUCCUUUGUUUACUGCUGGCCAUCACAACACUCACAAUUCAUUGGCUCUCCUACCAAACCCCGGAAUCCUUCAAGAAGCUGCGGAAAGGUCUGGCUGAAUUCCCAUUCGGAAUGGCUCUCGGUGUCCUCACGAUUACCGUCAUAUCGGCUGUGCUCCUGUACGCUCUCCACCUGGAAUCGGUGGAAAGUUCUCACGCUCGUACCAGAACCGCAAUCCGGUGGAAAUACAUCGACUACAUUCUGCUGUGCCUCAGCACUCAGCUGGCCGAGGCAACCGAGCGGUACCUUCAGCAGGGUGUCCUCACGCCAGUGCAGCUCGAUGUGAUGCGCGUUGAAAUCGAAGCCUGCAUCGACCGAUUCCGGCACGGGGCUCGUAAAUUACUUGACUCCCGGGCGACCGCCAGCACCGCCACCAUCCAGGAGCUGGAACAUAUCUUCCAGCUAGACCAGCAAGCCGUCCGGCUCGGGGAGGACAUACUCAAAUUGAAAAGGAAAUCGAAACCGUUGCUCUCGGAUCGUGCCAUCAAAGCGCUGCUCCGCAAGUGAACCCGCGGGCGCAUUGCCGAGCGCCGGAAAAUCUUCCUCACCAGCAUAAAUUCGAAUCAAUUAAAAGAUUUCAC